AUGCCGUCCGCAAAAGAGCCCAGCACUGGUAUCAAGAUAUUGAUGCUGCACGGCUAUACGCAGAAUGGGAAUCUAUUCCACGCAAAAACAAGAGCAAUGGAGAAGCAUUUGCAAAAGGUGUUUCCGGGCUUAUCUUUCAGCUACCCAACGGGUCCUCUGCAGCUCAAGCCAAGCGACGUUCCGGGCUUUGACCUGAGUUCAACUGAAGAUCCGGACAGUAUUGAAGCUUAUGGCUGGUGGAGGCGGUCAGACACGUCCGAUCCUCCUGAAUACGUCGGCCUCGAGAAAGGGCUGGAGACAGUCGCCAGCGUUCUAGAGUCAGAGGGACCAUUCGAUGGCGUAAUCGGAUUUUCACAAGGAGCAUGUCUAGCCGCCAUGGUUGCUUCAUUACUGGAGGGAGAUUCAAGAAAACAAGCCUUCGAAAGGGCACGAGCAAGAUCUCCGCUGGCGAUCCCAUAUCCAGCGUCCUUCGACAGACUCAAUCACCCACCACUCAAAUUCUGUGCCGCUUACUGUGGCUUUCGGGCUCCUGGUGAGAGAUACCGUGGAUUCUACGAGGACCCCCAUAUCCAGACCCCGGUGUGUCAUAUUAUUGGGAGUCUUGACAGCGUGGUUGAAGAGUCGAGAACACAGGCGUUGGUCGAUGCAACUGGCGGCGCAGAAAAGACGCACGUCGUGACACAUCCUGGAGGGCACUUUGUGCCGAGUGGGAAGCAAUAUCUCGAUAUGAUUGCAGGGUUCAUCAAGCAGAAUAUGUCAUCGCAGGGAGGGGGGAGAGGGACGGAGGAUAAGGUGGAAGAUAUGGAUGUGCCGUUUUGA